ACUACUGGAACAUCGACACCUACGUCAACAGAAACACCAUCCACAAUCACAUCCACUACCACUACAACUACUGGAAUAUCGACACCUACGUCAACAGAAACAUCACCUACAACUGUUACAGUAACACCCACAUCAACAGAAACACCAUCCACAAUCACAUCCACUACCACUACAACUACUGGAACAUCGACACCUACGUCAACAGAAACACCAUCUACAAUCACAUCCACUACUACCCCAACUACAGAAACAUUGACACCUACGUCAUCAGAAACAUCCCCUACAACAGUUACAGUAACAUUUACAUCAACAGAAACGCCAUCUACAAUUAGUACAACUACUGCUACAACAACAACUCCCAUCUGUGCUGAUAGAUGCACAUGGUCAGAUUGGAUUGAUGGCAACACACCCAGUACAGAGCCAGAAGGAUUCGAAACUGAAUCCAUUGAUGAACUGUGGAAUUCAGGAAAGAUUAUCUGUCAGAGCCCUGAAGUGAUUGAAUGUAGGGCAGUAAAUUAUCCCCAAAAGUCUCUGCAAGAUUUGGGACAAACACUUUAUUGCAAUACAUCAUUUGGACUGUCAUGUUCAAAUGAAGACAAUUCAAAUGGCAUGCCACCACUUUGUUAUAAUUAUGAAAUACGUCUCAAAUGUUGUGAACCAGACUACCAGUGUACUCCUACUACAACGUCUCCAAGUACACUAACAUCCACUACCUCAACAACCACUGUAACACCAACACCUACAACUGUUACAAUAACACCCACAUCAACAGAAACACCAUCCACAAUCACAUCCACUACCACUACAACUACUGGAACAUCGACACCUACGUCAACAGAAACACCAUCUACAAUCACAUCCACUACUACCCCAACUACAGGAACAUCGACACCUACGUCAUCAGAAACAUCCCCUACAACAGUUACAAUAACAUUUACAUCAAGAGAAACGCCAUCUACAAUUAGUACAACUACUGCUACAACAACAACUCCCAUCUGUGCUGAUAGAUGCACAUGGUCAGAUUGGAUUGAUGGCAACACACCCAGUACAGAGCCAGAAGGAUUCGAAACUGAAUCCAUUGAUGAAUUGUGGAAUUCAGGAAAGAUUAUCUGUCAGAGCCCUGAGGUGAUUGAAUGUAGGGCAGUAAAUUAUCCCCAAAAGUCUCUGCAAGAUUUGGGACAAACACUUUAUUGCAAUACAUCAUUUGGACUGUCAUGUUCAAAUGAAGACAAUUCAAAUGGCAUGCCACCACUUUGUUAUAAUUAUGAAAUACGUCUCAAAUGUUGUGAACCAGACUACCAGUGUACUCCUACUACAACGUCUCCAAGUACACUAACAUCCACUACCUCAACAACCACUGUAACACCAACACCUACAACUGUUACAAUAACACCCACAUCAACAGAAACACCAUCCACAAUCACAUCCACUACCACUACAACUACUGGAACAUCGACACCUACGUCAACAGAAACACCAUUCACAAUCACAUCCACUACCACUACAACUACUGGAACAUCGACACCUACAUCAACAGAAGCAUCACCUACAACUGUUACAGUAACACCCACAUCAACAGAAACACCAUCCACAAUCACAUCCACUACAACUCCAACUACUGGAGCAUCGACACCUACGUCAACAGAAACAUCACCUACAACUGUUACAGUAACACCCACAUCAACAGAAACACCAUCUACAAUCACAUCCACUACUACCCCAACCACUGGAACAUCGACGCCUACGUCAUCAGAAACAUCGCCUAAAACUGUUACAACACCUACAUCAACGUACACAACCACUACUAUCACAUCAUCUACUGUAACAAUGACACCUACAUCAACAGAAAUAUCAUCUUCAACUAGUACAAUUACUGGCACAACACCCACAUCAACAAAGACAUCUACAAGGACCUUCCCUACUACAACAAAGUUCAAUGUGGAUACAGGGACAACUCCCAGGAUCAUCUCAAUUCCACCAUCACCACAGUGCGCAUGCAAAUAUUUAAAUGAAACAUACUCAUCAAAUUCAACAAUCUACAAUCGAACAGAUCAAGCAGGUUGGUGCUAUACUGCCUACUGCAACUCCACCUGUGGUAUAGUGAUACAGUCUCAGCAAUGCAUACCACCCCCAAGAAACGACUGUGCACAAGUUAAAAGAAAGCAUAUGGAGUCAUGGAUUGAAGACUGCGUAAACAAAACAUGCAUAAAUGGCAGUGUCACCUCAAAACCUCUACAGUGUGUCAAAUCUGACAUACCUACAUGUACUAAUGGAAUUAAACCUAAGAAGGUGUCUUAUAACAAUGGCUGCUGCUUUAAGUAUGAGUGUGAAUGUAAAUGCAGUGGCUGGGGUGACCCACAUUACAAAACAUUCGAUGGAACAUACUACGCUUUCCAGGGAAACUGCACUUAUGUUUUGUUCCAAGAAAUCAUCCCAAGAUACAAUAUCAGUGUCCAUGUUAAAAACUAUUUUUGUGAUGUUAAAAAUAAUCUCGCCUGCCCUGAGUAUGUGAUUGUGAACUACAAAUCUUAUAAAAUCAAGCUGACUAGCAACACUAAAGAGGUCCAGGUCUGUGUUAAUGAUGAAAUGAAACAACUAACUUACAUAAAUAAUGACUUCUUCAUCACCACCUCUGGCAUGGCAGUAACUGUGAACAUCACUGAAAUCAAAGUUGACAUUUCUGUGAAUCAUCAAGGUUUUGAGAUCAAUCUCCCAUUCUCCUACUUCCAUGGUAAUACAGAGGGACAGUGCGGGGUUUGUGACAACAACCGUGCAAAUGACUGCAGACGUCCCGAUGGACAAAUCGACCCAUCAUGUGUGAACAUGGCACGGCUUUGGAUGGUCCCCCCAGGAUGCAAAACACCUAAACCUCAACCUCCAUCUCCAACUCCAAUUAUUUUCUGCAAUGUGACGAUUUGUGAUCUCAUCAAGAGCGAUAUGUUUAUGAAAUGCCAUGGGGUCGUUCCUUAUGAAAAUUAUUAUGAGGCAUGCAAAUAUGAUGUGUGCCACAUGACAAAGAGCUCUAUUGGUUGUACCAGUCUGGAGGCAUACGCUCUGCUAUGUGGCAAAGAGGGUAUCUGUGUAGACUGGAGAACAUCAAAUGAACUCACGAAAAAGUGUGAAUACAAGUGCCCCAGUCACAAAGUCUAUAAGGCAUGUGGUCCUAAAGUUGAAAAAACCUGCAGUACAAGGUACAAUGAUAGGUUUGUGGAGAAAGACUGUCAAGACAAUAACUGUCAUCAAACAGUCACGGAAGGCUGUUACUGUCCUGACGAUAAAUACCCAGUUAGUUCAACGAUAGAUACCUGUACAUCUUAUUGCGAUUGCAUCGGCCCUGAUGGAUUACCUAGACAGCCUGGGGAUACAUGGACCAUGAGCUGUCAUGAAUACACAUGCUCCAAUGAGACCUUUGGUAUUAAAACUGUGCCUGUCGGGUGUCCGGCUGAAAAGCCCUGUGGACCAGAACAAAAGAAAAUAAUUGAAAACUGCUGCCCAACCUGCGUGUGUGAUCUCGAGCUGUGUCUUCAGAAGAAAUGUGAUGUGGGAUACGAGUUGGCAGCAAAUAAAUCUGAAGACAGUUGCUGUCCACCCUGUGUGCCCAAAGACGUAUGUGUGUACAAUAACACCGAGUACCAGCCUGGAGUUAAAAUCCCCACAGAUGCUUGCGUCGAAUGUAACUGUCUAAUGGAUAAAGACCCACAGACCCAACUACAUCUCGUCAUGUGCGCUUCUAUAGCCUGUGCACCUUGCCCUGAUGGCUUUCUGGCAGUCAAACAAGAAGGAGAAUGCUGUGAAACAUGCAAGCUAAAUAACUGUUUUUAUACUGCGCCAGACAACACCACACAUAUUCUCAAGAUUGGAGACACGCACAACUACAAGUGUGAGACUGUGACCUGUCAACAAAUUAAUGACACAUUUGUGAUAGAGAAGACCAUACCAACCUGUCCUGUGAUCAAUCCAUAUGAGUGUGGGGGGGGUUUCCAUGGAACGCUGAGACUUGAUGCAGAUGGAUGUUGCAAUACCUGUGAGCUCAAGAACUGUAUUCGUGUUACGAACACCACUGAUGUUACUGUAAAUGACUGCAAGUCCAUCCAUCCCAUAGAAGUGACUUCCUGCAGUGGCCACUGUGACACAGAAUCAAUGUAUUCAAUGGGCGCCAACAUCAUGAUGCACAGCUGUUCUUGCUGUCAGGAGAUGAAAACCAGCAUUAAAAAAGUGCAGCUGAAGUGUUCUGAUGACAGUGUGAUCGAUCAUAACUACGUCUACAUAGAGAGCUGCAAAUGCACUCCAGUUACAUGUGAAAACCAGAAGACCAGUGGAUAAAAGAUCCCGUUCAGUGCGUCUGCUAUACUGCUACAAUUCCAGAUAAA